AUGGAAGAUCAAACAACAGAUAGAGAUAUCAGAAUGAGACAGCGAGAUGCUAGACGACAGGAACAGGAGAGAUUAGAGGAAAAACAGAAGCAAAGAGAUAGAUUGAGACAAGAUUUAGCUGAAAUAGAAAAUGAAAGGCAGAGAUUGUUAUCUCAGAGAAGAAAUCAACAGCGACGUUUAGAAAUGAUUCAUAGUUGUGAUCCUUUUUUUUAUGAAGUCGAGCGGCCAAGAAUAGGUGCAGAAAGGCUUAAUAUAAGCAACCCUGAACAGCAAAUAAAUACGGGAACCAGACAAAUAUUAGACAGAGGAAUUGUGCAACCACGUUUCGUGAAGCAACACAAUGAGGACCUCGGAAGUUAUAUGGACCUAAUAAGUCCUGAACCAGAAAAUAUACCAACUGCCACACACGGUAUUGGAAUAAGUGGAAACGAACAUGAAAGCGAUAAUGAUAGGAGACAAGCAAUUGCUCAGACUUAUCAAGCAACAAACAGAAAUUUAGAUUUCGCUUCAGGCAGUUUGAACAUGACUGAGGACAUACAUAGAAUGCAUGGUGAAUUAAACCAAGUCAUAGAUAGGGAUGAUAUCCGUCAAAGCAUUAGGAGAGACGUUUUACAUAUCGAUCAGCCAAGACAAGAGUCUAAUUUAGACUUUCAUAUUGAUAGAGAUAGAUAUAGAGAUAUAGAAUAUAAUGCAGACGACAUUAGUUACAGAACAAGAAGCCGUGUGGCUGAAAGUACUCGCAUUGAUGCAGAAACUCAUGUCAUGAGAAAGAGAGAUCGAAAUGGUGACAAAGUAGAUGUCAGUAUCGAGACAGAUAAACUAGAGGCGAAAUUACGGCAAUUGAGUAUAAGGAAGGACACCAAUUUAGAUAUUAAUUCCUUACAAAGAGGCGCAGAACUUCCAGAUCAUAGAAAAGAACACACGAACAUAACUCCCGUAGGUAUAGGUAUGAAUCCUGAAAUAAAGGACACAAGAAGUCAACUAAAAUUCAUCGAUAAAAAAUUCAGGGAACAUUCAGACAUCAAUGUAAGAGGAGAAUUGAAUGAUGAUAAUUCAAACACAUCUAUUAAAUCUGAGAAGUUUAGCAUCCUGCAGCAGAUAGAAAAGAAAAAAAUGGAAUUGCAAGAGCUACUGUUGAUUCAAGAGAACGCAGAGAAACAGCUAAAGAUAGAUGAAGAAAGGAGACUAAUAGAAUUAGAGAAGCAACGAAAGAUGUUGUACAGGUUGACUGAAAGAGAAAGGUAUAAAGCAAUAGAAAGAGAUAUCAUCACUAAAAACGAAGCAUUAAACAAGAGAGAAUCUGACCUUAGAAAAAAGGAAGAUAUUGUUAAAGAGCUUCAGCAGAAAUUAGUUCCAGAAGUAAAGAAAGAGACAAUUAUUCAGCAAACCCCGGAAAUUAGUCCAUUUUCUGGUGACGAAGCGAAACCUAAGAGUGAGGUCACAUUAAACGAAUGGAAAGCCGAGAUAAGAAGUUUAAUAGCUACAGCAUUGUACCCAGAAAAGAUUAUUACUCAGGCCGUUAGAAAAUCAUUGAAAGGUCAAGCCAAGAAAGUUCUGUUAAACUUAGAUCCAAAUGCUAGAGCUGAAGAAAUUAUAGAAAGGACAGAAGAUAUAUUUGGAGAUAUGUCUAGCAAACAGACAAUUUACACGGAGUUCUAUACUGCAUCACAGAAGCCAGACGAAUCUAUAGCAGAUUGGGGCUUACGACUUGAAGAGAUUUUGAUAAAAAGCUUCUACCAAGAAGUCAAUAACACCAGAUGA